AUGCGUCCCUUCAAGCUUAUGGGCCACGAGCGGUCGUUGACGCAGGUCAAAUAUAACCAGGAAGGAGACCUCCUUUUCCUGGUAGCCAAAGAUAGCUCGGCGUCUGUCUGGUUUGCCAGUAAUGGUGAACGGUUAGGUACAUUCGAAGGCCAUAUGGGUACCAUUUGGUCUAUCGAUGUCGAUUCAAACACCCACUAUGCGGUCACUGGUAGUGCCGACUUGACCAUCAAGCUUUGGCUCGUCGAAACAGGCGAAUGUGUAUACACUUACGAGAUGCCCACACCAGUCAGAAGAGUGGUUUUCUCACCAGACAACUCCAAGUUGUUAUCGGUUACCGACCAGGUUAUGGGACAAGUAGGAACGAUUUCUGUGUUUGAUGUGAACAACGAAGAGCCCAAAAACCAGUCCUCGAAACCAAGUCUUGUGAUUCCAACCAGAGACGGCGCCAAGAAGGUAACAAUUGCCGGAUGGUCAGCUGGUGGAAAAUACAUUAUUGCUGGCCAUGAAGAUGGUUUAGUCUCCAAAUACGACGGUGCUACGGGCGAGUUCAUCGAUAGUGUCCAGGCUCAUGGUAUUCAUAACGAAGAAAAAAUUCAUUUGGUUACCGAUAUCCAAUUUGCUCCAGAAGACAAGUCAUACUUUAUCACAUCGUCAAAAGACAAAUGUUCCUGUUUGAUUGAUGUCGAAACCUUGGAAAUCAUGAAGGUAUACAAGGCUGACGCCCCCAUGAACACCGCUGCCAUCACUCCAUUGAAGGAUUUUGUCAUUUUGGGAGGAGGUCAAGAAGCCAGAAAUGUUACUACUACUGCUGAAUCCCAGGGUAAAUUCGAGGCUAGAUUCUACCAUAAAAUCUUCAUUGAUGAAAUCGGUAGAGUCAAGGGCCAUUUCGGUCCUUUGAACACAAUCGCCGUACACCCCGAUGGAACUGGUUAUGCUAGUGGAGGAGAAGAUGGGUUCAUUCGUCUUCACUCGUUCGACAAAUCCUACUACGACUUUGAGUACGAUGCUGAGAGAACAGAAAGGGCCAUUGCCGCCGGAACGACUUAG